GCGAUCAAACCCACCUUCUCGCAAAUCGGCCACGAGUUCGACGGUCCCAGGGAGUUCUUCGCGAAGAAGAAAGGGGCCACCGGGCAAGCCACCGUGACGACGUACCCGUUGACCUUCAAGCCCGAGUGGGUUUGUGAUGUCAAGGCGCAGCUGGUGCUCUACAACGUAGGCACCAAUGAGACCUAUGAGUACGAUUUGCACGGCAUCGCUGAGGAGCCGCUGGCAGAGGAGCAUGUGGUUGUGAAGUGUGAGGCGAGGGAGAAGACCUCACACGUCUUCUCUGUGAAGAACCACUCCAACAUGACCGCCACCUUUGAGGUUGAGAGUGACCUGGUGCACAUCUCCGGCCCCUCCUCGAUCCAGGUAGACGGCCGUGGCACCGGGGAGUACGAACUCGUCUUUCAGCCUCUUCAGGCUGGCCAGGUUACAGGCUGCAUCAUGUUCCGGGACACGCACACUGGGCACUUCACGUGGUACACGGUUGAGCUGAUGACGCUUCCCCCGAAGCCACAGCAGCAGCUGACGCUGACCUGCGUGGUGCGACAGGCGGUGGCUGUUGACAUUCAGCUGGUGAAUCCCCUAGAUGAUGUGGUGGUUUUCGAGGUGGCCUUGAACGGUGAUGGUCUCCUCGGGGAGGCUGAGUUCGUGUUGGCCCCGAAAGAGACCGCCACAUAUGAGCUG